CAGCUCCGCAAACAUUGGGGAAUGGAAUGACUUCCCUGGCCUGACCCGGGCAGAGAGAUAAAAGUCUGGUGUGUGCUGCCAGGACACCAUGAGACACGUAGCACUGCUGGGGCUGAGAUUUCAAGGGACCAAGUUUGAGGCUGGGGGUGGGCCGUCACCAGGGACAGAGGCAUGAGGCCCCCUGGGCUCCAUGAGUGAAGAUCAGCCCUGCCUGGGAGAAAUGAGGUCCACUGAGAGCUUUUCAGCAGGAGAACAGCCCAGCCGCUUGAUUUUGGAAAGAUGCCCCUGGCUGCAAAGGGGAGAGAGAGGCUGGUGAGAGGUGGCAGGAGGCAAAGAGAUCAAGUGGGGAUGAUGGGGAGAGAUGCUGAGCCUUGAACUUGGGCUGGUUCCCAAGACUGGAGAAGACAAACAUCAGCAAUUUAGAAGGGCCUGGCCGUCCCGGACAAUGCUGCUCACCCUGUAUGCCUGUCUCCUCUGGCUGUCGACCAGCGGGCUCUGGACCAGCCAGGCUAAGGACCCUGACAGUGACUUGAGCACAAGGAGCCGUCACCGGAACUUGGCUCCAAACAACGUGGACUUUGCCUUUGCCCUGUAUAAGCACCUGGUGGCCUCAGCUCCUGGCAAGGACGUCUUCCUCUCCCCUGUGAGCAUCUCCACAGCCUUGGCUAUGCUGUCACUAGGUGCCAGUGGCUACACACGGGAGCAGCUUCUCCAAGGCCUAGGCUUCAACCUCACUGAGACCCCCGAAGCUGAGAUCCAUCAGGACUUCCAGCAUCUCCACUCUCUCCUCAAGGGGUCAAACAUCACCUCAGAAAUGACCAUGGGCAAUGCCUUGUUCCUCGACCGCAGUCUGGAGCUUCUGGAGUCCUUCUCCACAGGCUCCAAGCACUACUACGGGUUGGAAGCCUUGGCUGCCGAUUUCCAGGACUGGGCAGGAGCCAGCAGACAAAUUAAUGAGUAUAUCAAGAAUAAGACACAAGGAAAAAUUGUGGACUUGUUCUUGGAGCAGGAUAGCUCAGCCAUGCUCAUCCUGAUCAACUAUAUCUUCUUUAAAGGCACAUGGACACACUCCUUCCCCCCAGAAAGCACCAGGGAAGAGAACUUCUAUGUGAACGAGACGGCCACGGUCAAGGUGCCCAUGAUGUUCCAGUCGCGCGCCAUGAAGUACUUGAAUGACUCCUUGCUCCCCUGCCAGCUGGUGCAGCUGGAAUACACGGGCAAUGAGACGGCCUUCUUCGUCCUCCCGGUCAAGGGGGAGAUGGACACGGUCAUUGCCGGGCUGAGCCGGGACACCAUUCAGAGGUGGUCGAAGUCCCUGAUCCCCAGCCAGGUGGACCUGUACGUCCCAAAGGUCUCCAUCUCUGGAGCCUAUGACCUCGGGAGCAUCCUGGGGGACAUGGGCAUUGUGGACUUGCUCAGCCACCCAACACACUUCUCAGGCAUCACCCAGAAUGCCCUGCCGAAGAUGUCCAAGGUGGUCCACAAGGCGGUUCUGCAAUUUGACGAGAAGGGCAUGGAGGCAGCUGCCCCCACUACGCGUGGACGCAGCCUGCACGCGGCGCCCAAGCCUGUCACUGUCCACUUCAACCGGCCCUUCAUCGUCAUGGUUUUCGACCACUUCACGUGGAGCAGCCUUUUCCUGGGCAAGAUUGUGAAUCUGACCUAAGAGGAGGCGCCUUAGGAACCACAGCUCAUCGGACUCUGGCAUCAGGGACCCCAAAGAAAUGUUCUGGGUGGUGGGUCGUUUCCCCCAGUCUCUCCCAGGUUCUCCUGCUGGAAUAAAUGUCAUUGCGACUGAUGCCAAGUGUGGUGGAAGGGGAAGGUGGGACAACUGAUAAAAUUAGAAUAAUAUCAAUAUAAUCUCAAUAUAAUACUGUACCAAUGUAAUUUACUGGGUUCGAUCGUUGUCCUAGGGUUAUGUGAUAUGAGGAAGCACCACGAAAGGCAUACGGACACACUAUUAUAUUUGUAAGUUUGCAAUUACGUCUAAGAAAAAAACAUUAAAAAGAAGAAAUCACGCACGGUAAAACACAACAGGAAGACGUCUUUAAAGGGCUGGGGGAAAUGUCAUCAUAUCUUCCAAAAAGAAAAAAAAACCUUCAAAAAUGAAGGCGAAAUAAAGAUUUUUUUCAGAACAA